AUGGUUGCGUCUACCUGGAGGCAGCGCCUCACUUCCUACGCUGCUACUUGCUUUUUCUGGUUCUUGAUCUUGCUGGCUCUGCAGGUUGCGUUAGACGCAGUGCGCACGGCGCGAUGUCCACAGAUCACAGUCAAGAACUUUGGAGGGCGCAUCCUGGGGUUCCACGGUAACUUACCGCGUGCCUCGGAAACUGCGUUUCUCUCCAUAGAUAUGGAAGCUGACUUCCAACCCGUCUGGAGAGGUACGUACCGGCAGCUCUAUGUCUUCAUUGUUGCAGAGAGUAAAAACGCGUCGAGCCAAGUUACUCUGUGGGAUAAAGUAGUCGGAUCCAGGGACAGCCGAGUUAUCCGACUCAUAGGUGAGAGAGCCAAAUAUCCGUUGCGUGCGUUUCCGAACGAAACACUUCGCGGCAACUCCAUCACGAUGCGUCUUCAUUAUAUGGUGAUGCCAUACGUCGGGCUAUACCAGAGACGAGUCGCUCUUGGAUCGGCGGACCUGACGUUCCAUGAAAACGCGAGCACUUGA